AUGUUGUCCGUCGAGAAAAACUACUCGAGGCUCUUUAGACCUUGGGAUGUGAACGAUAGAGAUGGCGAUGAAGUGAAAAUAGACGUGACUAGUGAUACGACAAAUGAAGUUAAAACAAAGAAACGGAAAUUAGAUGAGAAAAGAGAAAAUCGUUUAAGAAAAAUUAGAGGCACCUUCAAGAAAAAUAAUAGCAAUUUACAACAAGACGCGACAGUAUCCACAACAUUUGUCGAAGAUGAACCUAACAUUAAAUCAGAAUGUACUGAUUCAACAGAAGCGGUCAGUUCUGUUGCAAAACUAAGCUUGUAUUGUGAUCGAUUACUUCAAGAACCUGAAAAAGUUGAAGAAAAACAUAAAAGAUAUAAGAAAGACAUACAACCUCAAACUAUCCCUCAAGUAAAUCUCCCAAAUGUACCAACCAUUCCUCAAAUAUACAAUCAAAUGCCAGAAUAUAUAGCAACAGAUAUCGCUCAAGCUUUAGGAGUGCCACCAACCGAUCCUCUACUAUUAGAAUCAUUAGCCCAAGGUUAUGCAAUGGAAUUAGAAUAUGCUAGAAUAAUACAACAAGAAAACGAAGCUAAACUCCUUAAUGCAAGAAAGCAGCGACCUAAGAAAUAUAAAUGUCCGCAUUGCCAAGUAGGAUUCUCGAACAACGGUCAGUUAAAAGGUCAUAUACGAAUACAUACUGGGGAAAGACCGUAUAAAUGUGACGAGAAGAAUUGUGGAAAGACAUUUACUAGGAACGAGGAAUUAACAAGACAUAAAAGGAUACAUUCUGGAGUACGACCAUAUCCAUGUUCUACUUGUGGGAAGAAAUUUGGAAGACGCGAUCAUUUGAAAAAACAUACCCGUACUCAUUAUUUGCAAGCUGAGAGAAUGAUGCCUGUUUUUGUUCCACUAUCCGCUAUCCCUCACAUGACUGGAUAUCCAUAUCUCUAUGGAUAUUAA